UGCAUUGAUAUAGUGAAAAUGGCGUCACGGGCUGGGAAAAGAGGUCAUGGUAGACGGGAACACCGGCGGGAAGCACAACUGCCACUUGGCGAGACGGAUGCAAUCGAAGUCAAUGAGAGUUCUCCGGUGAUCAUCGCUUUCCGGGGCUUCCAGACGCAGCUAGAUGCGAAGUACGACAAGCAUGAGCGAUUGGUGAAGAAGAGCAGAGACGUUACCAUACAGAGCAAGCGUAUCAUCUUCCUAUUACACAGAUAUGUUGGAAGUUCGAAUAAAGAAGCCGUACUGAAAGAGGCUGAGCAAAAGCUAGAAGAAGUUGAGCAGUCUUUCAUCAAACAGAUUGCACUCGAGUUGCAAGGGGAAGAUGUUUAUCUAUAUCUCAGGGCGAUUUCUCCAGGGUUGCAAGAAUAUGUUGAGGCUUUGUCAUUCUAUCACUAUUUAACUACCAAGUCUCUCAUCACCUUGCCAGAAGUGCAGAGCAGACUAGAGUUCGAUUUAGGAAGUCCGUGCCCAGAGGCAGAGCAGACCGACGCGGACACGACGGCGGCAGCAUCCGCAUCCGCGGGGACGCCUCCGGUCGCGCGCGUCCCCCUGCCAACAUCGGAGUUCAUGCUGGGCAUCGCCGACCUCACGGGCGAGCUGAUGCGACUCGCGAUCUCCAGCCUCGGCGUCGGCGACGCCGCGCGCCCGUUCGAGCUGUGCGGGUUCAUGCGCGCCAUCCUCGACGGGUUCCUCACGGUCGGCGGCGCGGCGGCGUCGCGUGAGGUCGCGCGCAAGGUCGCGACGCUGCGCCAGAGCGUGCACAAAGUGGAGGCGGCGUGCUACGCGCUGCGCGUUCGCGGCUCAGAGAUGCCGAGUCAUCGACUCGCAGACGUGUUCCGCGAGGCAGAGCCGGCGGCCCCCGACACGGAGGUGAUGUGAGGGAGGAAGGGAGGAAGAGGGCAGGGGAAGAA